AUGAAGAACAUCUGGAGUUGGAGCCGCACAUCUGGUCGCGGAGCUAGCCUGCGCCGCUUCACCAACACCACCCCCGCCCGGCGCCCCUGUCACUUCCUGUCCAGGAGCAGUAGCCCCGGGCGCUCCCGCGUCCCCUCCCACGCGCCCAUCGUGGGUCCUACCGAAACUCGGCUGGCUCGCGGUGUCGAGACGCCCCCCGCGGGGGCCCCGGGGAGCCGGGCCGAGAGGGAGGGCCCCGGAGUGACGCGGCACCCGGGCCCCUGCACCGACGGGAGUCCUGCCCCCGAGGUGGGAGCUCCGCCCUCGGCCCCGCCCAGGCCGGAGCCCCAAAUUCCGGCGGGGGACUGGGGAGAGGCCGGGGGCCGCCUGGGGUCCCGAAGCGUCAGGGUGGGCAGCCCAAGCGCGGUCGGGGGCGGCCCCGCGCGGCCCCGCCCCUCCAGGCCGGUGCCCGCCCCCCUGCGCGCCCCGCCCCCUCCUUCCCCGCAGCCCCCACCCCCAGUCCCGGCUCCUCAACACAAACUUUCCGUCCCGCUCGCUCCCUCCUCCGCGCCCGGCGCCUCCCGCUCCAGCCCGGCUCAUUCCGCACAUUCCGGUCAGCCCCCUCCCCACGACCCCCCUUCCCCGGCCCCCCUCUUCGCUCCCUCGGGCCCGGCGGAGCCGCCCGGCCGGAGCGCCCCCGCGAGAUCGGACCAGGCUCAGGCUGCCCAGUGGGCUCAGGCCCAGAGCCCAGAGCCCAGAGCAACCAGCACAAUAGCGUCCAACAGCUGGAAUGCCAGCAACAGCCCCGGGGAGGCCCGGGAGGAUGGGCCCGAGGGCCUGGACAAGGGGCUGGACAACGAUGCGGAGGGUGUGUGGAGCCCGGACAUCGAGCAGAGCUUCCAGGAGGCCCUGGCCAUCUACCCACCCUGCGGCCGUCGCAAGAUCAUCCUGUCGGAUGAGGGCAAGAUGUACGGCCGAAAUGAGUUGAUCGCACGGUAUAUUAAAUUGAGGACGGGAAAGACUCGGACAAGAAAACAGGUGUCCAGCCACAUACAGGUUCUAGCUCGGAAGAAGGUGCGGGAGUACCAGGUUGGCAUCAAGGCCAUGAACCUGGACCAGGUCUCCAAGGACAAAGCCCUCCAGAGCAUGGCGUCCAUGUCCUCUGCCCAGAUUGUCUCAGCCAGCGUCCUACAGAACAAGUUCAGCCCACCCUCCCCUCUGCCCCAGGCCGUCUUCUCCACUUCCUCUCGGUUCUGGAGCAGCCCCCCUCUCCUGGGACAGCAGCCUGGACCCUCUCAGGACAUCAAGCCCUUUGCACAGCCAGCCUACCCCGUCCAGCCACCCCUGCCGCCGACGCUCAGCAGUUAUGAGCCCCUGGCCCCGCUCCCCUCAGCUGCUGCCUCUGUGCCCGUGUGGCAGGACCGCACCAUCGCCUCCUCCCGGCUGCGGCUCCUCGAAUAUUCCGCCUUCAUGGAGGUGCAGCGCGACCCUGACACGUACAGCAAACACCUGUUUGUGCACAUCGGCCAGACGAACCCCGCCUUCUCAGACCCGCCCCUGGAGGCGGUGGAUGUGCGUCAGAUCUACGACAAAUUUCCCGAGAAGAAGGGUGGCCUGAAGGAGCUCUAUGAGAAGGGGCCCCCUAACGCCUUCUUCCUCGUCAAGUUCUGGGCCGACCUCAACAGCACCAUCCAGGAGGGCCCGGGCGCCUUCUAUGGGGUCAGCUCCCAGUACAGCUCGGCCGACAGCAUGACUAUCAGCGUCUCCACCAAGGUGUGCUCCUUUGGCAAGCAGGUGGUGGAGAAGGUGGAGACCGAGUAUGCCAGGCUGGAGAAUGGGCGCUUCGUGUACCGCAUCCACCGCUCGCCCAUGUGCGAGUACAUGAUCAACUUCAUCCACAAGCUCAAGCACCUGCCCGAAAAGUAUAUGAUGAACAGCGUCCUGGAGAACUUCACCAUCCUGCAGGUGGUCACGAGCCGGGACUCCCAGGAGACCUUGCUCGUCAUUGCUUUCGUCUUUGAAGUCUCCACCAGCGAGCACGGGGCUCAGCACCACGUCUACAAACUUGUCAAAGACUAGGGAGCCCUCCGCCCCCACCACCACAAUCCAGGACGAGCAUCUUCUCCACACACCUGCCUGGCACCCCUAGGGGUCCAGGACUGAGGACUCAUCCACCCGCCAGGCCUCAGGCCCAGGACCCAGGAGGCCUCCCCAUCUAUCCUGCACACACACUCCCUGCCACUGUUCUGCGCUUUAACUGAGCGAGAAGAGAGGAGGGCUCAGCGGCGGUGACGCGGACCACCGUACCCAGCUCUGCCCAGCCUCGAAAGACUGGGAGGACACCUUCGAGCUCAGGCACGCGUGGCCGCUGGCCCCUCAGGGGACUGUGACGGGCGGGUGAGGGCAGAAUGGAGACCAAGGGAACCGGAGUGCGGAGGCCCCAGAAGGGGAGUGUCGAGUUGGGGUCAAGUUGAGAAGAAGAGAGAGGAGCCCACACUUUCUGUGCGCCUGCUGUGUGCCAGGCCUCGUGCAGGCCCCCAAGUGCCUUGUGCCAUCCUCAGACCCUGCAGGGCAAGCGUGGGACUCGGUAUCUCAGUGGAGGGACCCGUGGGAGGGGUGGGCGGAGUUGGAGUACUGCCUGUCUCCUAGAGCCCAGGUUUAUGCUACCUCCCUGGAGUGGGGGCGGGUCUUCACUGAGGGGCCAGCCGGCUGGAUUGGGGGACCGAACAGACCACCUCCUUCCAGAGCACGGGGGGCUCCUGUGCGGCCCUCAGAGCUGCCUGACCCGGGUCCGGUCCCGAGCCACCCAGCAGCCUCCCGAUGGGCGAAGGCUUCCAGGGGCAGGCCCGGGCCUGAAGCAGGCUGGAGGGUCAGGUGGGAGGACGGAGUCCCAGCCCCUGGGCAGGCCACUGGCCCAGGGACAAGGGGUAGCGGAAGAGUUUGGCAUUUUCUCUUGCCUAAGACUUGCGUCUGGUGGUGAACCCUCGGGGGGCACCUGUCCCUUCUGUCUUCCCCACGUCAGUCUCUGGCCUGGAGCAGCUCCCCACACCCAGUCCUGGGACUGAAGGUUAACCCUUCCCGGGCAGCCCCUUGUCAACACCCAGGCUCCUCCGCCCCCAGCCCCGUCCUCCCGCUGCCUGUGGGUAUUUAUGAGUUUCGUAUGAAGUACUGUGCCCCUUCCUCCCCGCACCCGGCCGCCCCUGAGCUUCCUGAAGGUCCUCACAGUUUGCAUAUCGCUCAGGCCACCUCCAAACCCAACCUAGGUUUUAUAAUGUAUAUUAUAUAUUUGUUGUGUAUUUUUUAAAUCCAGCUGUGAUGGGUUAUAUCAUAAAUGUGGCGCAAGGCUGGCGCAGGGGCCCUCAAGGCCCAGCUCCUGCUUAAAAAAAAAAAAUUAAAGUUAUUUGUUUGUGGGUUA